AUGACAUGUUCUCAUUGCCGUUCGAUCUGCAUCUCUUCAACAACAACGUUGUUCGCUCUGCUCAGAAACAGAUAUCCAAAGGGCAAACAUCGCCAAUUUCCUUGCUCACAUAAAAUCUGUGGCCAUUGUUGCUCGUUGACGGAUUGCCGCAAGUGUUUGGUCUGCUAUGCAAGUGCAGGCAACAAUCCAUUUCCACCUUACAUGUUCUUGUCACCACCGCAUACCGAUCACUCAAAUGAACUGCUUGACCAUCCGUCGUUGUCACUGCACAGUCAAUCCAUUACAUCGUACCAAAAUGGGCUGACCGACAGUUUACAUAGCCUUGGUUUGGGUGAACUGUCUGGCCAUCUGGAGUCGUUCAACUUGUGGGAUAAUCGUGCGAAAAUUCCGACAACACCUCGGAGUUCAGCAUCACAAGGGAUUGUUCUUCCGGAAACAUCAGUUCGAACAGAAGAAGAACAUCCGCCGGUGUUUUCGCCAAACUCUCAACUGGUCAAUACAACUCCUGCGGUUACUUCUCCACUUUCGAUGCUUUCGCCAUCAAAUGUCGCCACACAACGUUCAAUGCUGUUGUCAUGUGCAACAUGUGGCGAGAAUGCAAGGCCAGUUGUGUUAUCUUUUGCUGGUUGA